AUGGGUCGUGCUAACGUGGGUAUGGGUCGUGGUAACUUAGGUAUGGGUCGUGCUAACGUGGGUAUGGGUCGUGCUAACGUGGGUAUGGGUCGUGCUAACGUGGGUAUGGGUCGUGCUAAUUUGGGUAUGGGUCGUGCUAAUUUGGGUAUGGGUCGUGCUAACUUGGGUAUGGGUCGUGCUAACGUGGGUAUGGGUCGUGCUAACGUGGGUAUGGGUCGUGCUAACGUGGGUAUGGGUCGUGCUAACGUGGGUAUGGGUCGUGCUAACGUGGGUAUGGGUCGUGCUAAUUUGGGUAUGGGUCGUGCUAAUUUGGGUAUGGGUCGUGCUAAUUUGGGUAUGGGUCGUGCUAAUUUGGGUAUGGGUCGUGCUAACUUGGGUAUGGGUCGUGCUAACUUGGGUAUGGGUCGUGCUAACGUGGGUAUAGGUCGUGCUAACGUGGGUAUGGGUCGUGCUAACGUGGGUAUGGGUCAUGCUAACGUGGGUAUGGGUCGUGCUAACGUGGGUAUGGGUCGUGCUAACGUGGGUAUGGGUCGUGCUAACUUGGGUAUGGGUCGUGCUAACGUAGGUAUAGGUCGUGCUAACUUGGGUAUGGACCGUGCUAACGUGGGCAUGUAA